AGAAGGAGCAGAUCAUCACAUUGACAGUCAUGGCUGCGUCCAUAGAGAGUCUGCUGCAGGAGAUCUCCGGGGUGGAGGACCCGACAGAGGAGCUGCAGAGUCUGAAGCUGGCUCUGCUGUCCAUCCCCGUGAGCGCGCUCAGGGACGCGGUGAGCGGGCAGAGGUUCAACGUGAUCUUCUCUCUGCUGGACUCAAACCAGAGGGAGCAGGUGGAGCUGUGUGUGGACAUCCUUGAACGCAUCUUAAAGGCCCUCAGUCCGGCGUCACUGGCCCAGAACUACAGAGUGGAGCUGCAAGGAGGUCUGACCCAUCCUAAUGAAACAGUUAAGAUACUGGCUUUGACACAGAUUGGCAGAAUACUGGAGCACCCGGACGCUGCCACUGAAAUCCUCAACAACCACGACAUCCUCCAAGCGGUGAUUCAGUGCAUCAGAGAAGAGAAGAUGGCUGUGGCCAAACAGGCCAUCCAGUCUUUGUCCAAACUGAGUCACUCCAAACCCGGGUUAGACAAAUUGUUCCAGAGCGACCUGCUGAAAGUUAUGAAGGAUGUGAUGGCCACGAGCGACAUCAUCAGAUACAGGAUAUAUGAGCUGGUGGUGGAAAUCUCGUCCGUGUCUCCCAUUUCCCUCGGUUACUGUGCCAACAGCAGCUUCAUCUCUCAGCUGAUUGGAGAGCUGACAGGAGAUGACGUGUUGAUCAGAGCCACAGCCAUCGAGAUGGUGACCACUCUGGCCCACAGUCAGCACGGCCGGCAGUAUUUGGCUCAGCAGGGUAUAAUGGACAAGAUCUCCAACAUGAUCAGAGGAGCAGAUACUGACCCCUUCUCCUCCCUCUACCUUCCUGGUUUGGUGAAGUUCUUUGGAAACCUGGCCAUCAUGGACAGCCCACAGCAGGUUUGUGAAACCUACCCGGCCUUCCAGAACAAAGUGUUCGAGAUGGCCCUGGACCCGGACCCCGCGAUGAUCGGCGUGGCUCUGGACACUUUGGGACUGCUCGGCUCCACCGUGGAGGGGAAGCAGGUCCUUCAGAAAACAGGAGAAAAGUUCAAGGCGGUGUUGUUAAGAAUGAGUCAGCUCGCCAGCUCCGGAGCUACAGAGCUCAGAGUGCGCAGCUUAGACGCCAUUUCCCAACUUCUCACUCUACAGCCAGAGCAGCAGACAGAAGACCUGUUGGCGCUGACAGAGUCCUGGUUUCGCCUUUUGUCUAACCAGCCCAUGGACAUGAUUCAGAACAUCAGCAGUCAGCCGUUUCCAGAGCUGCAUUGUGGAGCUAUGAGGAUAUUCACCGCUAUCGGCACUCAGCCGUGGGGUCAGAAGUUAAUGAUCAGCACUCCCAGCUUCAUGGAGUUCGUUCUGGAUCGUUCAGCGGGUCAGACGAAGGAGGCCAAAGACGCCAAGUUUGAACUGGUCGGGUCCCUUGUGUCUUCAUCAACGGCGGCAGAGAUACUGGGCAGCCAGCAUUACAUCCGUCUGAAGACUUAUCUCAGAGAGGGACCUUACUAUGUUUCAGCUGUGGCCUCAGUCAGCACAGAGGGAGCCGACUGAUUCUCACACACUCGGAUACACGUGAUGGGCUUUUUCUAAUUAAUGCUUAAGUAAAUGGUAAGUGCCUUUUAAAUAACAGUGUGUUAACAUAUUCCACUUCUCCUCUGAUACGGACAUAGCUCAGCUGUAACUCUGACAAACAGUACAAAACUACAACACUGACUUGUACACAGAUACUUUAAGUACUUUGAAAGUAUUUAGAAACCGAUGAGUGAUUCAUAACUUAAUAAUUUGUUUUGCUCGAUCUCUCAGCUGCUCUUCAUUUAGAUUUUCUACACUCAUUUGUAUAUUUAUCAGGCUUUUCUGAUAGGAAAUUAAUUUCUUUACUCGACUUCGUGAGUUAAUGCCGUAACUAAUGAAAGUUCCUUUUUUUUGUGGCUUUAUAAACAGAAGGGUUUUUCUUUUCGACACUAAACGUGGUGCUAUAAUCAGCUUAUUAUAGGAUGAUGGAUGACGGCGCACAUCACUAUAUCUCCACGUAAUCUCACAACACAGUCAGCACGACUCACUCGUGAUAUGUUACCUCGUGUUUACUUACUGACUCUUUACCAAUUACUUAAGCAAUAAUUCAAGAGGCUUACUCGAAUGUUCACCAUCCAGGCACUUAUUAAAAACUCACUUCAUCUUCUACAAUAUUUUUCACAUGGAACUGGACUCCUCUAUCACACCACAGCUCUCCGAAUUUGAAAUAUUUUUGUUUACUAAAUAAGUUGUUAUGUUUUGUAAUUAAAGAGACUGCUGUCUGACAUUGGAUGUA